AUGUCCUUCAAGGUCCCCUACGAAUCGAGCCCGCCACCCUCUACGCCGGACAAGUCCAAAGGGCAGAGCUUCUGGAGCAAUGUCUCCACGACACCUGCCGGCCCGCCGCCAUCAACGGCAAACUCAUUCACUCCGCAAGGGCAUCCCCCAUCGACCGCGUUCGGAACGUCGCAGUUAGAUUCGCAUUCCAAGGUCAAUUUUGGACAAUCGAGUAACUCGCUUUUCACCAAAUCUGGAGGUUUCAAGACGGGCGACAGUAUCUUCGGAUCUUCGUUUGGUUCAGACUUUGGUCUUCCCAAAACAAAGGCACCUCCCGCCAGACCACUCGCACCUACACCGUCGCAGGGCCGAUUCGGUGGUGCCACGAAUGGCGGCUCUUUCGGGCGUUCCGUAACCUUCGGCGAGUCCAAUGGUUUCGGUUCAUCUCAGAUGGACCAGUACGAGGAAUACGAAGACGAAGGCGAAGAGGAGAUGGAGCCCGAGGAGGAGGAAAUGCAAGAAGAGGAAUAUGAGGACGAAGCCGAGGAAGAAGAUGCGGAGGGCGAUCUGGACCUGAGCACUCGCGAACCCUCCAACCGACUCAGUUUCUUGGAUUCCACCUAUGGCAACCCAUUGCCAGCACAAGCCCCCGCGUUCGGCCAAGUGCGUAAACAGAUCUACUCGAACCCUACCGAUGCAAAGCGCCCGAAGCUUGACGAGCGCUGGGCCAACCAGUCACCACUGCGCAAGACGAAACUGUCUCCCAAGAAAGCGUCUGCGAUGCCCUCGAUUCUGCACAACAUGGCCUCGAGAACCCGCCUACCCCCCGCCGAUGAGCCUGCCGAUAUGAUCCUCAACACGGAGGAUACGAUUCUCAGACUGUAUGAUGAGCUGCAAAGUGUAGAGUAUCGGCAUCUCGAUCUCGAUGGUGUGCUUUCUCACAUUUCCAACAAGCUUGUCAACACUUGGGAUACAUGCGCAGACCGCAGCGGGAUUUCUAGACCUUAUGGCGUUGGCUCGAGCAUUGGCCCUGGAGAGGACGCUCCACCACUGGUCAAGGCUAGCUUUUUGGCUUCUCUAUUGCUCCAAAUUCACCACCCUUCUCGAGGUUCUGCUCCAAUUGCAAGCGCAUCGAACCCUGCUGCGCGCGUGGCACCUAAUAGUCUGGUCAAGGCUAUGCAGCGUGCUAGUGUGGCCACUCCAAUCCCACAGAUUCUACUGGACUGGCUGAACGGAAACCACGCGUCUCAGACUAAUGAUCUGCAGGCGCUGCGGUACGUGGAGCCUAACCCGACUGCUUCAUCAAACUUCUGGGAUAUCAUCAACGCAGCCGUUCUUCGCGGCCGUUUCGCCGAAGCGGCUGAGAUUCUUCGUUCUGCGGAUUUCAACUAUGCUCGAUCGGCGUUGGAAGAUGGCCUUGCCCAGCCCGGCUAUCGUGGAAUGCAGCUGCAGAACAUCCAGCGCUGCGUCAAUAAAGCGCUUCAGAUUCUCGACUCUUGCCCCGGCUUCCAAGAUGACGACUGGGCCAUCACCGGUCCUGAUUGGACCGAUUAUCGUAAGAGUGUUCUCUCCGCUGUCACCGAUCUCGAAGAGUUCGCCGAGGGUGAAGAGCGAGACCAGGCCCAAGUGCCCGUGCAAAAUCACGGGUUCCAGGCUGUAAACUUUGGUUUAUCGAACUUUGGCCAGGGUCAGAACCAGGUUAGCUUCACUCAGUCUGCGCGUAUGGCCGAGAGUCGCGUGCCGUGGACCAUCUAUCAAAGCCUGCGAUCGCUGUAUCGGAUUAUUCUGGGUGAUCCUGGUACUAUCAAGGAUUACUCGCAAGACUGGGUCGAGGCGACUAUUGGUUUGACUGCAUGGUGGGACGGCGAAGACGACGGCGGUGCUUUCCGCGCCAGCACGACGAGUGUUGACUUCCAGCGCUCCCGUGGAUCUCGGAACCAGCUUCGCGAGGUGGAUCGCAACAUGCGAGACGCAUAUCUGCGCCGCUUGGACCUGGCGUUCAGCAGUGCGACUAACGAGCCGUCCGAUGACACCGGUUUCCGGGUGAACACUAUGAACAGCUUGGAAGUUGGUUUGGCGUCUGUGUUUGAGGGCAAUGUUCAAGGUGUGCUGGCAUUAAUACAGUCAUGGUCUCUUUGCAUCACGGCUGCAAUCACGGAAGUGGCCGAGGUUGCUGGCUGGCUGCAGGAUGGAAGCCAGCAGAAGAUGCCAGGUCUCAGCGAGAAUGACCUUAUGGUUCUUUCUUACGGUCAGGGCACCCUGCCUCCGUCUCGGGAACUUACUCGGGAUGAGGCGAUGCGGAAUUAUGCGUUUGGAUUGAAUGAGCGCCAUUCUAUUGAGAACGAGACUUGUUCUCGUGAUGGCUGGGAGAUGGCCAUUCAAGUUCUCUCCCGCCUGCACGAUUUGGACAUGAGGAAGAAAGCUGUCACGGAGAUCGUGGAAAAGCUACCGCUCGACAAUCUUGAUCAGCUUGAUAAGCUGGUCGUGCUGUGCUCAGAUUUGGCAUUGGAAGAGCAGGGUCGGAAGAUUGCCGAGCGCUUUGGUGAUUUGACCACCGACACCUCGGAGAACUACGGUCUCGCUCUCGUCAGCUAUGCCCGUGCCCACAACCGUCGCAAGGUCCGGGCCGUCGUGGAGCUCCUUAUCUCUUUCAGUCUGGUGCAAUCGCGCGCCUACCCUGCUGCUGCCGAUCUGGACGAUCAACUCAGAUCUUUGCUCAAGGAACCCAAGACAUGCCUUUCGUCCAUUGCUUCAAUCAACGAGGAAGCCGCCAGUAUCCUUCAGUUCUACCUUAGUGGAUAUGCCACACUUCGCCGGUUCUAUGAAAUUCGCGAUGAGGCGUUGGGAUUGGCGGAGGGCCAGCUCCCGCGAUUCAAGCCGCUUGCUCGUCGCCGCGCUGCAGCUAAGGCUCUUGCGGCAGUUAUUAGCAGUGCUGCCGAUAAUAUCUACGGUGGUUUGUUCGACCCGGAGCGUGACUCUGCCGUCCAGGUAGAUGGGUUGAUGGCGUUGUUGGGCGAGGCAUUGCCAUUCGUCAACCAACCAUCCCCCAUCCUCACCGUCUCCCAGCAAUUCACAAUUCUCUCCGCAAUUGAAGACCUCGAAACGGUUACCCCCCGGGUCUAUGCCCAAUGCGAAGAAUGCUUCCGCUCCACCCUCCUCUCCGCAAACGCAACAACCUCCUUCCCCUCCCCUCCAUCCCCACGCACUCUCCUCAAGAAAUCCGUCUCCGCCUUUUCAGCAUCAACCUUCUCUAUUAUCGGUUCCGACAUGCUCGAGUCUGCCCGCACCCGCUCUGCUUCGGGCUCGGUUCCCACUUCCACCGGUAGUUCGGGCGUGCUUGUCCCGCGACCUGGCGAUAAGGACGCCGGGUCGGUCCGUGGUUGGGAUUGGAGGGUGGGUCUGCCUGAGGGGACGAGGGGCGAGGAUGUACUCCGGAUGUUGAGAUUGGGGCUUGCGCGUGGCUUGAGUGUUGGUGCCUUGGGAGUCGUUUAG